AUGAAGAUCUCGUACUUAAAAUUGUGUACAUAUCUUUCGGUGUUAGCAGCCUGUCAAUCAGUUGGUGACCGAUGUAAGCGAACGGUGCUCUCAUCUUGUCUACUCACACCAGAAGAAGAAGAGGGUCCAUACUACUGGAAUACAACAUUGAACAGAGAAAACAUAACUGAAACAAAAGUGGGUGUACCGUUUCGCCUCAUUAUCACCGUUAUUGAUAGUAAUAACUGUUCAGCUAUUAUAAAUGCAGCUGUAGAUAUUUGGCACUGCGAUCCCAUUGGCGUGUAUUCUCAUUUCGAAAGCAGUACAGCUAGCACUACGACGUACCUCCGUGGCAUACAGUUGACAAAUUCAAGUGGUAUAGUAGUGUUUGAUACACUCUACCCGGGCUGGUACAAUGGUCGGGCCACGCAUAUCCACAUCAAAGUUCAUUUUGGCGGUACAAUAAGCAGUGGUGGCUAUUCAGCAGGUCAUGUCUCGCAUACCGGUCAAAUGUUUUUCAAUGAAACAAUGACAGAUCAAGUUGCUUUACUCCCACCAUAUAGCACUCAUAACAUUACUCGAACGCUAAUCACCACUGAUCGAGUAUACAAUGGUCAAAAUGGAUCAUAUUCACUAGUGACACUGUCAUAUGUCAACUCAACAGCAGGACUUUCAUCAGGAGUCAUUGGUGCAUUCACUGUGCGUGUCGAUUCCACUAGCACACCGUCUCUGGUGGUUGAUAAUAACGCCAAUGGUGGUAGCGGCGCAGGUCCUGGCAGUCCUCCAUCACCGACUAAUGCAGCAGUAUCCUCCACGACAACUAGCACGUCGGCUACUAUAUAUACGAAACAUAUUCAGGCCAGUUUUCUACUGCUUAUUUUAAGACCUAUGUAUGGAGCUAAUCCUUAA